ACAGUUUUUACUUAAAACGAAUACUUCUCGUAGAUUUGUCACGCUCGGCAUUAUUUUAAAUAAUUCUACAUUAAAUUCCGUAUCUGAGUUUCAAUUUCGUAUUGUAAGUUUAUUUGAAACUUGAGAACACACUCGUUACCGAGUUUUGAUGUUUACACAUCAUUGGCAGUACUAAAAGACUGGCUCAGUUUUUUUUUUUAAUUUUUAUUUUCAUAGAGACUUUUUCAAGAUACUAUUGUAUGAUUAUUCAACCAAUCUGACAUACAUAUUUGAUCUAUUUUAUUGCACAGUUCAAAGUUGUUAUAUAUUAUUGCACAACGUGCUAAACUAUCGCGGGAUUACAGUUUACGUGUGAACAGCACGCGGCUGGGCGGACGGUGACGCCGCGCCGCUAAUCUGCGCCGCGCCGCUCGAGUGCUAAUUGCCGCGGGCGGGAGGGGGCGCAGCGGCGCGCGACGAGGUGUGUUAUCUGCGCGAGGCACCGGCAGUCGCGGGCUCGCCGGCCGGAGAUGGAGGACCGCCGCUGGCGCGUGCACGAGUUCGGCGGCGUGCUGCCCUGGCUCAGCCGCCUGCUGCUCAGGAAGGACGUGGACGCCGCGGCGAGGUGGCUGGAGCAGCUGGACGCCUUCGGGACGCGCCAGCCGCGCAGCAGGGAGAACUUCGUGCGCGGGCGGUGGCCCAACUUCGAGGACGGGCGGGUGGAGAUCAAGGGGAAGGUGUGGUCCACCGACCCGUCGCACAGGGACGUGGACAAGCUGGCGGAGGUGCUGGACGCCAUGGACCUCAUCGACGAGAUGACCCUCGACAAACGCAAGCGACAGGGCCACGCUGCCUUCCAGCAGCAGCGGUGA